AUGAACUCUGGCGGUCACGAAGGCUAUGGCCGUCACGAAGAUUAUGACGAUGACGAGUACGACGGCGUUGGCCGUUACUCUGACCGUUAUUACGACGACGGAAGCGACUACGACGAAGGCGACGAAUUCUACGAGGACCGCGACGAAGACGAAAACGACAGCCAAGACUCCUUUGAUGGCAACGACUCGGACAGCAGUCUUGCGGAAGUCGUCAUUGCCUAUGGCAGCAGGGACUACGGCGCAGCUGUGCUGGAGCUGUGUCACGCUCGUCUUGGAGUGGCUGUAUCCCGAGCGCAAGCCUGCGUCGAUUGGCUCAAGAAUGUGGCCGGGUGGGCUAUUGCGCCCGUGCUUGAAUGGCUGCCUGAACUUCGUGCACGACGCAGCGGAAACAGUGAAACUCCGACAUUCUACUUUUCGAAUUGGCUCUACCAGUUUGAGCUUGGGGGCUUUCGGACUUCGCCCAAGUUCGCUGAUUUACGAAAGGUCUGGCGUCAUCCUCCUGGUGCUCAUCCAUUUGUGCUGGCGGCGACUCGACGCCUGGUUGUCGGGUGCCUGCUCGCGUGGGGAUACUCUCCUUCGAAGUGCAUCAGUUUCAUGGCGUCAUUAGAUCUCGGUUGGUCAAGCUUCAAGCAUCCUUAUGACCGAGCGCUGAAAAACGAGUGGCGCCGCUUGCAUGACCGGGUGGAAGAAGCCAACCAGGACGCUCUCGACCGCAUUCUGCUCAUGGCAAAAAGAGCGCGGCCUUUGAAACUUUCCGCGUUGUGCCGACUCAAGCUGUGGCGGCACGCAGGGAGCGAGGCAGCAGUUGCCAAAGCGCUUGGUGUGAGCAACAUCGACGCUCUUCUCGGACUUGUCCCACCCGUCCCGCAGCCCGGUAUGCGAGUUCCUGCACCAAUUGCGCGGUUUGUGUUGGACAUGCCUCUCGCUCGUCAUUUGCAACGUGUCCCCGCGUAUCACGAUUUGAUUUGA